GGUGUGAAGGUGGGAGAGGGCGUCGCGCCUGUGGUUGUGGAAUGUGUAUCAGAGUGGCUUAGGAGGCAAGGUCAUACGAAUUAAGUGGACAUUUACUUACUAGAUGCGCAUCUUUCUUCGGUAACGAGCUUAUGAUAUUGCUCUAUUUUCGCGUUGAUACAUUGGCCUUUUCCUCCCUUCACUUCUACUGCCCUGGCGCUCGUUUGACAAUAAUAUAUGUUGUGUGUAUCAUCAUCGUUUCCAAAUUCCGAGGCAGUCUGGUGCUUUGUAUAGCCAAACAAAUCACGUAUUUAACACAGCCACCACAGAGCCACGAACACGUACAGAAUACUCCUGACAGCUUGACACAGUUCAUCGACUGGCCUUGCUAAGAUGGCUUCAUUUGCUCUCUCGUUCCAGUCCAAAAAGGAAGAUGAAGCCGGUCUCAGCUCCUACUAUAACAAUAAAACAACCAUUAUUCAGGAAGCUCGCGUCUUCAAUGAAUCACCUAUAAGCCCAAGGAAGUGCAGAGCCCUGCUCACAAGAAUAGUCUAUCUCCUCUAUGUUGGCGAAACUUUUGGCACGCAGGAGGCUACAACGCUCUUUUUUGGGACUACAAAGCUUUUCCAGCACAAGGAUAGUGCCCUCCGUCAGGCUGUCUAUCUUGCUAUCAAAGAACUGGCUACCACCGCGGAGGAUGUGAUUAUGGUGACAAGUAGUAUCAUGAAGGAUAUGCAACCAAAUUCUGAGGUUAUUUACCGUCCCAACGCGAUCCGAGCACUCUGCAGGAUCAUUGAUCCCUCAAUGGCUCAAGGAGUAGAGCGUUUCUUCAAAGCUGCUAUCGUAGACCGUAACCCUUCUAUCUCCUCUGCCGCACUAGUUUCGUCCUACCACCUCUUUCCUUUCGCCAAAGAUGUGGUGAAGCGAUGGGUAAAUGAGGUUCAAGAAGCUGUAAAUGCCAAAUCUUCGGGCAGCUUCUUUGGAUCAGUUUCCAGCAGUGGUGGAUAUCUCGGAUUCGGCGGAUCCAAUUCUACAGCCAACGCUCAGCAAACCAUUCCCUCGUCCAGCUAUGCUACUCAGUACCAUGCACUCGGUCUUUUAUAUCUAAUCCGCCAGCAAGACAGAAUGGCAGUGACCAAGAUGAUCCAACAACUCGGAGGAGGAAAGUCCGGCGCUGGAACCACACUGAAAAACCCCAUGGCUCUCUGUAUGCUUAUUCGUUAUGCUGCUAAGGUCAUGGAGGAGGAUCCCAAUACUCAGAGGCAAAUUCUUGACCUUUUGGAAGGAUGGUUAAGACAUAAAAGCGAUAUGGUUAACUUUGAAGCAGCACGAGCCAUUUGUGAAAUGAAAUACGUGACGUCUCAACAAUUGACGAAACCCAUCGCAGUCCUCCAACUCUUUUUGUCUUCGCCCAAACCCGUUCUCAAAUUUGCUGCGACUCGAACCCUUGCCUCACUCGCGCUCAUUCAUCCUUCCAGCGUAGCUACUUGCAAUGUCGAUUUGGAGAGCCUGAUUGCAGAUCAGAACAGAAGCGUUGCUACGUAUGCAAUUACAACUCUGCUCAAGACUGGCAAUGAAGCUUCUGUCGAUCGCCUCAUCAAACAAAUUACCGGCUUCAUGACUGAUAUCAGCGACGAAUUCAAAGUCAUUAUUGUUGACGCCGUCCGCUCCCUCUGCCUGAAGUUUCCCUCUAAACAUGCUUCUAUGCUGACAUUCCUGUCUGGAGUUUUGCGCGAUGAGGGUGGCUAUGACUUCAAGCGUGCAGUCGUCGAAGCCAUGUUUGAUAUGAUUAAAUUUAUCAAGGAUUGCAAAGAACAAGCCCUAGCACACCUUUGUGAAUUUAUAGAAGAUUGCGAAUUCACGAAACUCUCUGUUCGUAUCUUACACUUGUUGGGCAUGGAAGGUCCCAAAUCUCCCCAGCCCACCAAAUACAUCCGGUUCAUCUACAAUCGUGUCGUGUUGGAGAAUGCUACCGUCAGAGCCGCUGCUGUCACCAGUCUGGCUAAAUUCGGUAUCAACUCAUCGGAUCCUGGUUUGCAGAAGAGUAUCAACGUGCUGCUUAAUCGUUGCCUCGACGACGUUGACGACGAAGUUCGGGAUCGCGCUGCUCUAUAUCUGAGGACCUUCAAAGAGAAACCUCUCGCCAAUGCUUAUGUCAAAGAAGAAUCUGUCUUCUCGUUAGCUGCUCUGGAAUCAAGACUUGUCGCAUAUGUGCAGGACCCUAGCGCUUCUUCACAGCCAUUGGAUCUUUCCUCGGUCCCCAAGAUUAGCCGUGUCCAGGCUGCUCAAGAAGCUGCCCGUCCCAGCACAUUGGAAACUAUCGGAGCUCCAUCUACAAGUCGUGUAUCGAACUCGCCGCCUCCUCCCACUGCCGCGGAGACUCAAACUGUGUAUGCACAGCAACUCGCAGAAGUUCCCGAAUUUGUAUCGUAUGGACCAGCUCUCAACAGCAGCGCAAGUCCCAUCCAGCUCACCGAAAGCGAGACGGAAUACCAGGUUACAUGUGUCAAGCAUAUCUUUAAGGAGCAUGUGGUUUUCCAAUACAAUGUGUCAAAUACUCUGCCCGAUACUGUACUGGAAGGUGUCACCAUCAUCAUGCAACCGUCAGAGGAAACCGAUUCCUUGGUGGAAGACUUCAUCAUACCCAUACCUUCUCUGUCACCGGCCAACUCACCCGGCACGGUCUACGUUUCCUUCACGCGUACAUCUCCUGAAGAAUUCGCCAUCGCAUCCUUCUCAAGUUUGCUCAAAUUCGUGAGCAAAGAGGUAGACCCAUCUACGGGCGAACCUGAAGAUGAAGGUUACGAGGAUGAAUACCCACUGGAAGACGUUGAACUUAGUGCAGGUGGUGAUUAUAUUAUACCUAGCUAUGCGACCUUCGGCUCUGAGUGGGACCGUAUGCGUGCCGGACCAAGUGCUGUCGAAACUUUUGCCCUUUCGAGCAUGGAGAGUCUCAAAUCCGCUUGUGAUUCUAUCAUUGAAGUGCUCAAGAUGGAGCCUCUUGGUGGCACUGAAUCACCACAAUCGUCCACGGUGCAUGUACUCCAACUAUCGGGUCUCGUUAUCGGUGGAGGAGGAAAGGUUUUGGCACGCUGUCGGAUGACCUUCUCGCAAGGCUCGGGAGUCGUCUUGGAGCUCGGUGUACGGGCAGAAAAACAGGAAGUCUGCGAUCUCGUUCUCGCAGCCGUUGGGGGCUAAACAUACAAUCUUUUUUCACUGUUCACCUGUUAUUUGCCUGAAAUGGCACACAU